AUGAAGUUGUCAGCAGUUCUCGCAUUGGCCAUUGCGGCCCCGGCUCUGGCCAAGUCUGUCCACAAUGUCUACCCCGUUGCAAAGAGGGAAGACGACAAGAGCAACAAGGACAACAGCAAGGACAGCAAGAACAACAAGAACAAUAAUAACAACAACAACAACAACAACGCCGUCCCCAUCAUUGUCCAGGCUGCCACCACUGAGAUCAUCAUUCUCUGGAACAACCCUGGAAACGGAGCUGCCACGACCACCAUCAACAAUGCCGUGACGGUUACUCAGACGGUGACGGCUGGUGCUGCUCAGACUACUGUCGGAACUGCUACUGUUGCGGCUGGUGCCACGAGCGUUGUCGCUGGUGCUGGUGCAACGCACACUGUUGUUGUUGGCGGAUCUGCUGGUCUCGUUUUCACUCCUGCCGAGGUCAAGGCCGCGAUUGGUGACUCGGUCGUCUUUACCUUUGAGAGCAACAACCACACCGUGACGCAGUCCGCCUUUGCCACCCCGUGCGAUCCCCUCGCCGGCGGCAUGGACUCUGGCUUUGUCCCCAACGUCAACAACACCGUCACCCCGCCGCCCCAGGUGGCCAUGCAAGUCAUGGUUGACACUCCUCUCUGGUUCUACUGCAGGCAGCAAGGUCACUGCGGCAAGGGCAUGGCCAUGUCCAUCAACCCCACCGCCGACAAGACCCAAGCCAUGUUCCAGGCCAUGGCCAUUGCGCAAAAGGGCGCCGGCGCCGGCAGCGCCAUCACGGGCAACGGCACCGCCGCCGCACCCGCCGCCGGUAGCUCUGCCGCUGCUGCCUCGUCCGCCGCCGCCACCACGGCUGCCGGUGCCGCUGCUACCGGAAGCGUCCAGUCGGGUCUCGGCACAUUGACACCCGGCACCGGCCAGUGCGUCUGCGCCGUCUCGUGCGGUACUGGUGCUUUCCCUGCUGUCCAGGCUCAGGGUGUCGGUGCCUUUGGUGGCUUUGCCGGUGCUCUGCCUGCCAGCAUGGCCGAGGCAUAA